AUGACGGCACCGCUCGGCCUCCCCCCGCGUUGGCCCGACGGCCUCGCCUGCCGCUGCGAGGACGCCCCGCGGGAGAAGAACCGCAUGGAAGGGUUGGGACACUGCCGGGAGAUGAUGCCCCAUGCGGGACUCUCCGUGCCCACCGCCCCACCGCCACCUCCACCGCCCCAGGGAGCGGCGUACGCUGAACUGGCGGCAGCCGAGCCCCCCCGCCAGUGCCCGUCGGGGGCGGCUUCCAGCGCGGCGCUAGGCUACGGUUACCCCUUCGGCGGGGGCUACUACGGCUGCAGGUUGUCCCACUCCCACGGAGUCAACUUGCAGCAGAAACCCUGCGCUUACCACCCCGGGGAGAAGUACCCCGAGGCCGGCGGGCCCCUGCCUGGCGAGGAGCUGCCGUCGAGGGCCAAAGAAUUCGCUUUUUAUCCCGGUUUUCCCAGCUCCUACCAGGCGGUCCCGGGCUAUUUGGACGUGUCGGUGGUACCGGGGCUCGGUGGUCAUCCGGAACCGAGACACGACGCUUUGCUUCCCAUGGAAGGUUACCAACACUGGGCUCUUUCUAAUGGCUGGGAUGGGCAAGUGUACUGCUCCAAAGAGCAAUCGCAGUCCGCACACCUCUGGAAAUCACCUUUCCCAGACGUGGUCCCCUUACAACCCGAAGUCAGCAGCUACCGGAGGGGACGGAAAAAAAGGGUCCCUUACACCAAAAUCCAGCUGAAAGAGUUGGAAAAGGAGUACGCGGCCAGCAAAUUCAUCACCAAAGAGAAGAGAAGGAGGAUUUCGGCCACUACCAACCUGUCCGAGCGCCAAGUGACUAUCUGGUUCCAGAACCGGAGGGUCAAGGAGAAGAAGGUGGUAAGCAAAUCUAAGACAGCACAUCUCCACGCCACCUGA